GUUGCUACCAGCAACAACCCCUGGACCCGAAAUCAUAAAACAGCGUCAAUUAUUAAUGCACUGCCACACAGACUGGGCAGCGACAAGCCACGGCAAGGACUAGAACUAAAACAAAUUUACAUUAUGGAAGAGAGCCAGCCCUCUCCCUCCUCACAGAAAGAGGUCCUUAUUAUUCCUCUCCAUCCCAAUACCAGCCCUAUUCAGCAGACAUCAAGCCCCUCCUCUCCUCAGACCAAGACCAGUGCCUCCGCCUCCGCCUCUUCUCCUCAGGCCAAGACCAGUGCCACUAAAUCCUCUCUGAAGACCAAGACCAGUGCCUCUGCCGCCUCUCUGAAGAAGACGUCCAAUGCUACCGUGUCUUCAUCAAGAGGACCAGCAGUGAAGGCGUUGUCAGGCGGUGAAGGGCGUGGGAAUGUGACUACUGCUGUGGCUGUGGAAAAGAGUGCAGAAGAAAUUAAACAAGUUCACAUCAUCGAGGAGAGCCAGAAAGAGGUCCUUAUUAUUCCUCUCCAUCCCAAUGCCACCCCGUUAAGCCCUAUUCAGCAGACAUCAAGCUCCUCGUCUCCUCAGACCAGUGACACUGCCUCCUCUCUGAAGACCACAUCCAGUGCCACUGCGUCUUCACCAAGAGGACCAGCAGGUUCACAGCUAUUUGCUGAGCUGCUGGAGAGCCAUGCCCGUCGUAACCCUCGGAAGGCCUCCCUGGAACCAGCAGCUACACCACCUGGAGAAGCCACACCCUCUUCUGUGACCACGCCCUCCCCCGUAGACACACCCCAAAGUCCGACCCCUCCGACCACAUCCAAUGGCACUGAGUCUUCACCAGCACGUUCACAGCUGUUUGCCGAGCUGCUGGAGAGCCAUGCCCGUCGUAACCCUCGGAAGGCCUCCCUGGAACCUGCAGCUACACCACCUGGAGAAGACACACCUUCCUCCAUGACCACGCCCUCUCCCGUAGACACACCCCAAAGUCCGACCCCUCCGACCACAUCCAAUGGCACUGAGUCUUCACCAGCACGUUCACAGCUGUUUGCCGAGCUGCUGGAGAGCCAUGCCCGUCGCAACCCUCGGAAGGCGUCCCUGGAACCUUCAGCGACACCACCCGGAGAAGCCACACCCUCUUCUGGGACCACGCCCUCUCCUGUAGACACACCCCGAAGCCUGUCUCUCUCCAUGACCCCUCCGACCACGUCCCCUCAGCCUUCACCUACAGCGCCAGGUGGAAUUGGACUCAGCAAUCCUCAGCUGCUGAAAGAACUGAAGCAGCCACCCCCACUCAAGCAUGUGAACGCCCACAAGGGCCUGACCACCGUCUUCUCUGGUCGGGGCAAGGGCCUAGGUGCCAUACACAUGCCACAGCCAUGAUUCUGUGUACUUACCCAUUCUAUACCAUGGUUUCCACACUCCUCAAUAAGGUUUAUCAUAUAUCAUAGAGGAGCACACUGUUUUGUACUGUAGAUGACACUGUAUGAAUGGUGUAGCUUGAGAAAGUGAUAUCAGGCAUGUAUAUGAGAUGUAUUUUUAUAAGGGUGUGUGUGUGUGUGUGUGUGUGUGUGUGUGUGUGUGUGUGUGUGUGUGUGUGUGUGUGUGUGUGUGUGUGUGUGUGUGUGUGUGUGUGUGUGUGUGUGUGUUAGAUUGAGAAGAUCCUACUGCCCUUGCUCAAAAUCUGCCUAAAUAAGCUAAUGUUUCACCAAAGAACUUACAAUAAAACACAACUUAUUAUUACAACAUCAAAGUGUU